AUGGAGGGAGGGCCGCCCAGGUUGAUCAGGGCAAAGACGACAGUCGUCGAUCGGGUACUGACGGAUUGGUGGUGGUGGGAGCUUUUCAGCUGGCUGGUCUCCUUCUUUGCUACCGCUGCAAUCCUCGUCGUCUUGUUACUUCGCAGCGAACAACCUUUGCCGCAUUGGCCUCUCGGACUUAGCAUCAACGCCUACAUUUCUAUUCUUGCUGCCAUAGCAAAAGCAGCCUUGAUUCUUCCGGUAUCAGAAGCGAUCGGUCAGCUCAAGUGGGUUUGGUUCAAGAAGGAGUCGAAAUUAAUGGACUUUUUCACGUUUGAUAGUGCUAGUAGAGGCCCAUGGGGCUCUCUGAUGCUCAUUUGGACCACGAAGUGCAAACACCUAGCAACAUUAGGAGCAGUCAUCACCAUCCUCGCCCUAGCUUUCGAAACCAUGUUUCAACAGAUAGUUGCGUAUCCAGAGAGAGCUGUCAUCGUUGGGAAUUCCUCGGUCGCCGUUGCUAGAAGCUUCCACGUCCAACCCCGUUGGGGCGGGUCGAUUCACGACGCUCCUUCGUUGAUAAGCGAUCCACAGACGAGCAUGUUUAUCAGUACUGCUAUUUACUCCAACUCUAACGACACUUUCACUCCACCUCCGUCAAAUUGUCCCUCUGGUAACUGCUCCUGGCCAACCUAUUCUUCCCUAGCAGUGUGCAACCAAUGCAAGGACGUCACCAAUCUGCUCUAUUACCAAUGUCGGAACUAUACCAUAGUAGACUAUGUUGCUGAUAAUGCAUCGAAUACUAACAAAGCGUGUGGUUGGCUACUAAACAAUACUUUGAUGGUCGGGAAAGACGAUUUGGGUUCUAUAGAGGAGCAUAGCUAUCACUAUCUGUCCAUGUUAGCAGUCUCUAUGCCAUCGGAUCCUUCAUCGGAUAAGAAAUGGAACUCCACUCUCUUCCAGGAUGUUGCAUACCCGCUUCUCGACCUAUACGUAGCGUUCAUUCCUGGAGGACCAGAGGCAGCCAAAAGAAACGAUACUCCGGUUAUGCUUGAGUGUCUCAUGAGUUGGUGUGUCCAGUCGUAUCAAGGCAUUCACGAAGGCGGUGUUCUGAACGAAACGCGUGUUAGCACAUACCUAGAUCCAACGACAACGAGGGUCUCAGAGGCAGACAUGCUGGCCGGGAAGCAGCCUGUCACCCUCUCUCCAUCAGACGUGAACGGCACAUUUACCGUCUCGAACUCAACAACCGAAGCCGUCAGACAACAGCUUGCGUUCGGCGGCACCGCAGGUUUAACGCCGACCGACUUUUCCGAUCAUGAAGGGGAAUUUGAGACUUAUGGGAACGGUCUAUUUAACUUCGUUUUUCAGCCUCCCUACGAUAUCGUCCCUUAUUUGGACAAUAUUGCUGCGGCUAUGACGAAUAGCGUAAGGAGAAAGGACAACGGGACAGAAUUAGUAAGGGGCAGUGCCUGGGCUCCUCAGACAUUUGUUCAAAUCAGGUGGAUUUGGAUCUUGCUUCCUGCCCUUCUGCUUAUUUUCAGCUUUGUAUUCUUGGUAGGGACGAUCGUGAAAAGCACGAGACAGAAUGUUGCAGUGUGGAAGACAUCCGCCUUGGCGAUCCUCCUUCACGGGUUAUCAGGAGAUGCGCGCCACAUGCUGGACCCAGAAACGCCUGCCAGUGAGGUCGAGGCGACCGCUCAGAGGGUUCAAGUAGUUCUCUCUUCUGAAAAGGAUGCGUCCAAGCUAGUUCUUGUCUAA